ACGGAGACUAACUAAAGUACAGCAGUGUUGUGGUUGAGACCACCCUCUGGAUGGCUGUUCCUGUGAGGGAUGGAGGGAAGUUUUCAAGACGCCAUUGUGACGUCAGUACAGACCCUCUUUCUUCCCCGCCGACCGCAACACAUGAACAUCGGCGGAAUCGUUCUGAUAUUUUGUAUCUUUGUUACUUCAAACGCGCGACUCCUGAAUGUGUCUUCUGACAUGCGAUCGUGAGUUCCAGCAUCCUGCAAGAGGUGAGAACGUUUCAGUGGGAAAAGUCGCCGUUCACUAACAAAGGCAGCAGGCGUAGAAAGUUACGAACACACCAACGUACGGGAUAUUGCCUGGUCUUUAGAGCCGUUUGUCAACAUGUCUGUCCAAUUCUGCAUAUUCUGCAUCCUCCAAUAAUGAACAGCAGUAAGAAUGGGACAACGCAGGCAAACACCACUAACGGUCCGGAUGAUGAUGGAGCCGUGGCGCUGGAGGCUGUCUCUAUCAUAAUCAUAGCCAUAUUGGCAUGUCUGGGGAAUCUGGUUAUCGUGGUGACGCUGUAUAAGAAACCCUACUUAUUGACUCCCAGCAACAAGUUCGUCUUCAGCCUGACCUUGUCCAAUCUGUUGCUUUCUUUAUUAACUUUGCCUUUUGUGGCGGUCAGCUCGGUGCGCAGAGAUUGGAUGUUUGGGGUGGUGUGGUGUAACUUUACGGCACUGCUUCAUCUUCUCGUCAGCUCAUCUAGCAUGCUGACAUUAGGGGCCAUUGCUAUUGACAGGUACUAUGCUGUAUUGUUUCCCAUGAUCUACCCCAUGAAAAUUACUGGAAACCGAGCCGGCCUUGCCAUUUUUUACGUGUGGCUCCAUUCUUUGGUUGGAUGUCUGCCGCCGCUCUUCGGUUGGUCUACUUUCGAAUUCGACCGCUUCAAAUGGACCUGCACGGCAGCAUGGCACAAAGAGAUCAGCUACACUGCCUUCUGGGUAACGUGGUGCUGCCUUCUACCGCUGGCGGCAAUGCUGGUCUGCUACGGGGUCAUCUUUCGCGUGGCCCGCAUUAAAGCGCGCAAGGUUUACUGCGGUACCGUGGUGGUACAGCAGGAGGAGUCUGGUUCUCAGAAGAACGGCCGUAAGAACUCCAAUACCUCCACCUCGUCGAGCGGUAGCCGGAGGAGCCUUAUCUACUCGGGGAGCCAAUGCAAGGCCUUUGUAACCAUCCUUGUGGUGCUGGGAACAUUUCUGACCACAUGGGGUCCGUACGUGGUUGUGAUUAGUACUGAAGCACUGUGGGGUAAAGACAAUGUUUCACCACAGAUAGAGACGCUGGUGUCUUGGCUGUCUUUCACCAGUGCCGUGUGUCAUCCACUUAUUUAUGGACUGUGGAACAAAACUGUACGAAAGGAGUUGCUGGGCAUGUGCUUCGGCGAUCGAUAUUACAGAGAGUCUUUCGUUAUACGACACAGGAACUCUCGUCUGUUUAGCAUCUCGAACCGGAUAACGGAUCUGGGGAUGUCUCCUCACCUGACGGCCAUGUUUGUUGGCGGUGGGCAGCUCCUGGCACGUGGCAGCAGCACGGGAGACACAGGCUUCAGCUAUACACAGGACUCAGCUACAGACGUCAUGCUGUUGGACAACUACACAUCAGAACUCUCCCACUCAACCCACUGUGCUGCCAGUAAGAGACGAAGUUCUGUCACAUUUGAAGACCAAGUGGAUCAAAUCCCUAAAGGUGAUCCAUCAAUAGUCCAGGUAACGGCAGACAUCCACAAGUCUUUGGACAGCUUUGCCUCAUCUCUGGCCAAGGCUAUAGAGAACGAUGCUAAGAUUCAACUGUUUGGGGAAUGGACUGAUAUUCCCAUCAGUUUGUUUAGUGUCCGGAACACACAAAGAGGUCCACGUUACAUGGAUGGCCAGAGACUCAGGAUGGAAAGCAUCGAUGAAGGAAUAGUUAAAGAUGAUGAUGACAAUGAGGAGGAGAUGAGGAAGAAAAGGAGCAUCACGAAAAAAUAUGUGAUAGUUCCAUGUAGUUCCUUGAACGACAAGAUCAUUGCGUUAUCUGCAUCCUUAAGGUACAGAACAUCAUUAAAGAUGUCAACAUGUUGGCAAGUGUUUACAAAUAAUUUGCACACGUUGUUUGUGAGUAAUUUACAUAAAAGGCAAAGAAUGUUUUAGCAGCUGCUGCUAUUUGUCAGGGUGAGGCCAAAGAUCUCCAGUGUGGAUGUCAGGAGGUUUGUUUUCAUUUGUAAAGUUGCAAAAGGUACUGUAUAUUGUACACCUUGUAAGGUCCUCUUAUGUUAUGUAUCUUACCAUUCUUGAAUAUUGUAUUGUUUACCUUUAUCCACUGUAACCACUUUGCUUUGUGUAAUAGUUACAUAUUUGUUUGCAAGAAUGAUCCCAGUGAAAUGUAUUGAAUUCUUUACAACGGUUUCACAAAGUUUGAGGAAAAAGUUGAAUAAUAGUUUAACAUUUUGAUCGUGGGGGACUUUUUUUUUUACAAAAAACUUGUAUUAACACCCUCAGACCCUUAAUGUAAUAGUUCACCCAAAAAAUUAAAUUUCAUAAUUUGCUGACCCUCAUGUGAUUGUUUAGAAUGUUCAAAAGGGUGCAUACAUGACAGAUUUGUCUUUUUCAAUUUAUGAAAGAUUCAUAUAUAUAUAUAUAUAUAAACAUGAUUAGGAUGCUGGACAUAACAAACCUUCAUGUCAAAAAUGGUACAGUAUAAAUCAAUUGUAUUAUGUUAUUGAUGUAU